UACUACAGAGCUGCUGCUGCUGGAGGACGGGCAGGGAGCCCAGGAUAAUGCUCCAUCCCUCAGAGCGCAGCGGUACGCGGGACACCUUGUGAUUUCCCGCGGUGGUGGCGGCGGCGGCGGCGGCGGAGGAGGAGGAGGGUCGUCAUUGUUGCAGCAGUGAUUGUCCCUUCUUGUCCUUUUUUUUCCUUUUCUCUUUCACCACAGUCUUCUCCAUCGUCUUCCCGCUCGCCCCUCCUCACUCCUGAUUCCUCCGCAACUGGCAACCUCUGGGCUCUCUCCCCCUCCUCCUCCUCCUCCUCCUCCUCCUCCUCCUCUCUUUUUCUACUUCUGUUCCCGUUUCUCCCGGGGAGGGAUUUCUGUAUUUCGUCAGGGAUUGUAGAAGACAUGUCUCACUGGGAAUGAUGGUGUUGACACUGGCGCCCCCCUCUCUGUCGCCAUGACGAUGCCAUUCAGCCCCCUGUCCAGCGACGAGGAGCAACAAAGGAUGCUGGGAGGCAACCGCCAUCUCUAUCCAGGGGCGGAGGACGAGGAGGAGGAGGAGGAAGAGGAGGAGGAGGAAAUGGAAGAAGAUGAGCGCGAUGAGAACGGGGAGGAGGGGGAGAACGGCGAGCUGGAGGGCGAGGAGGAAGAGGAGGAGGAGCAGGAGAUGGCGGAGGAAGUCAGGCGAGGAGGCCAGUCGAGGGGGGGCAGAGGUGAAGGACACAGGCAGUCGGGCAAACUGGCCGCACGGCCCGGCGGGGACAGACAGAUCCGGCCGGGGAACCCGGGGCACGCCACCAACCCCUAUUCAUCCAACCCCGGACCCACACACCAACAGCCAGCCAAUCAGAUACAGCCGCAGCAGCAGCAGCAGCAGCAGCAGCAGCAGCCGAGGAGGCUGAAGGAGCGCAGCGCCAGCUCGCUGCCAUCUGAGGACGCCCACAUCGCCAUGAUGGUGUUUCGCAUCGGGAUCCCAGACAUAAAGCAAACGAAAUGUUUGCGGUUCAACCCCGACGCCACGGUGUGGAAGGCCAAGCAGCAGGUGCUGUGCUCCCUCACCGAGUCGCUGCGGGACGUCCUGAACUACGGGCUGUUCCAGCCGGCCACCGACGGCCACGACGCCAAGUUCUUGGAGGAGGAGCGGCUGCUCAAAGAGUACCCGCAGUCCUUCGAGAAAGGGGUGCCAUAUCUGGAGUUUCGAUACAAGACCAGGGUGUACAAGCAGACCAAUCUGGAUGAGAAGCAACUGGCCAAACUGCACACCAAGGCCAGCCUGAAGAAGUUCAUGGACUACAUCCAGACCAGCGCCGUGGACAAGAUGACCAAGUUCUUGGACAAGGGCCUGGACCCCAACUACCAGGACGCCGACACCGGCGAGACCGCCCUGUCCCUGGCGGUGCAGUGCGAGCCGGGUGGAGGCGAGUCCAUCCGGGUCCUCGUGGAGGGAGGGGCUCACAUCGACUUCCGCGCCAAAGAUGGCCUCACGCCGCUACACAAGGCUGUCCGAGGCCACCGCCACUCGGCCCUGCUGGUCCUGCUGUCUCUGGGCGCGUCCCCGGACUACAAGGACCGGCGGGGGCUGACGCCGCUCUACCACACUGUGCUGACAGGGGGCGACACCUCCUGCUGCGAAACACUGCUCUACCACCACGCCAAAGUGGGCAUCAGGGACGAGAACGGCUGGGACGAGACGCAUCAGGCCUGUCAGCACGGCAACUCGCAGCAUCUGGAGCACCUCCUCUUCUACGGGGCGGACUCCUCCUCCCAGAACGCCUCUGGAAACACUGCCUUGCACAUCUGUGCUUUAUACAACAAGGAAAGCUGUGCGCGGAUUCUGCUCUACCGCGGAGCGAAUAAAGAAACGAAGAACAACAGUGGGCAGACCCCCUUUCAGGUGGCGGUCAUGUCCGGCCAUUUUGAGCUGGGAGAAAUUAUUAAAAACCAUCGGGAUACGGAUGUGGUUCCCUUUGUGGAGUCUCCAAAGUACGCCCCCCAGAGGCGAGAGAACACCCGGACGCUCACCAUACCCCACCCUCACCCCUUCCUCCGGGCCAACAGCGACAGCAGCAUGAACCUGCCAGACUGGAUGGCAGUGCCCAACGCCCCGGGGACCAACAUCGUCUCUGUGCAGGGCUAUAAGCAUACUGGUACCCUGCGGAGCUCCAGCAGUCCCAGAGGGGCGAGGACGCGUUCCCCGUCCCGAGGGAGGAUCGGAGACAAGGAGGACCGGAGCAGGCAGAGUCGGAGGCAGGGGCCUGCCCCGGCCAGCACCACCACACAAACAGCGGGGCAGCGCCGACGACUCUACAGCGCCGUCCCGGGACGAGUCUUCGUCGCCACCAAAACACAUUCUGCACAGGGAGAGCGAGAAAUCAGCUUCAGUAAGGGAGACAGGGUCAAAGUGUUGAGUGUUGGCGAGGGUGGUUACUGGGAGGGCACGGUCAGAGGUCGCACAGGCUGGUUCCCCUCCGACUGUGUGGAGGAAGUGAUGCUUCGGAGCCAAGACAACCGAUCAGAGAGCCGAGGAGAACGCGCUAAGAGGUUGUUCCGCCAUUACACCGUGGGCUCCUACGACAGCUUCGACGCUCCCAGUGACUACAUAAUCAAGGAAAAGACGGUGCUGCUGCAGAAAAAAGACAGCGAGGGCUUUGGCUUUGUGCUGAGAGGGGCCAAAGCUCAGACUCCCAUCGAGGAGUUCACUCCCACCCCGGCCUUCCCCGCCCUGCAGUACCUGGAGUCGGUGGACGAGGGGGGCGUGGCCUGGAGAGCCGGUCUCAGGAUGGGGGAUUUCCUGAUCGAGGUCAAUGGUCAGAACGUGGUCAAAGUUGGACACCGGCAGGUCGUCAACAUGAUCCGGCAAGGUGGCAACAGCCUCAUGGUCAAGGUUGUCAUGGUGACCCGCAACCCCGACAUGGAGGACGGCUCGAGGAAGAAAAUUCCCCAGCAGAGCAAGAGGCUGAGCACCCCGGCUAUCGCCCUGCGAUCCAAGUCCAUGACGUCAGAGCUGGAGGAGAUGGUGGAGCGAGCUGCUACCCCUUGGAAAAAAAAAUCAGAAUUCGAAUCCUCACAAGUUACAGAGAAGAAGAGGACCGUCUAUCAGAUGGCUUUGAAUAAACUAGAUGAAAUUCUUGCAGCGGCUCAGCAGACAAUCAGCACCAACGAGGCUCCGGGGACACGGGGACAGGGGCCAAAAAGAGACAGGGGGCGGAGUUUCUAUGGCAAUGAGUCAAACUACGCGGAUCAGCCCGGGAUGGGGAUGAUGUCGUCGGGGUUGGGCCUCGGCUACGACCGCGGACAGUUCACCUCAGGUCACGGCCCACCGCACGGUAUGCUGCGGCAGAAGUCCAUCGGGGUGCCUGAGGAGGAGAAGCAGUUCCUGCAUCCUCCAUCCGUGAAGUUCGCGCGCAGUCUGUCUGUGCCAGGCCCGGAUGAAAUCCCCCCUCCUCCCACCACGGCUCCGCCGGAACCUCCCUUCUCCUCCGCUCCGCCACUGGGUUGGAGAGCGAAGUCGUCUCAGCAGCCCUCCGUCUCCGUGUCCCAGUCCACGUCCACCUCUGCACACUACCAGCCCUACUCCCAGGCAGUGCACUUCACCCAUGGAGGCAGGGAGAGGGCGGGUGGUUCCACCGCUGGCCCCAGUGGAGGAGCGGCGGACCACACAGCCUCAUAUGCACAUGCAACUGCCCACACAGCUCAAAGCAGGACUGCUUCGCGGAAGGUUGCCCAUACUGGGGAGCCUGUUGGAGCUGGCAGCGGAGCUGGUGGAGGGACAAAGGCGGCAGGACUUAGGAGAGGCUACAGCGCCGCCGUCCCCCCAUCCAGCAUUGCCACUGUGAUGCCCCAGCAACAACAGACUACCCAGAGUCAACCCCAGCGAGCAGACCGCAGUACGGCUGGGGCUGGAGCAGGGGGCUCUAAAGGAGGAGCCCGGAGAGGUAAGGGUCCCCUGCUGAAGCAAUCCAAGGUAGAGGACCUGCGCUUGGGCCAAGGUACCCUGGGGGGCAAAGGCUCGGUGGAGAAAAGCUCCAUCCCCAUCCCCACCAUCAUUGUCAAGGCUCCUUCAACCAGCAGCAGUGGACGCAGCAGCCAGGGCAGCAGUGUGGAGGCCGAUGCUCCGGCACCAGGGGAGACAGAUGAAGGCAAAACACCCCACGGUCCCCCUCCCUCCACUCCUGCGCCGCAGCCCCCUGCUCCGCCCUCGAUUCCAGCGCCGCCGCCUCCAUCCUUGCCUUCUAUCCGGGCCCAGGAGAACCUGGACUUUACAAGCCAGUUUGGGGCCGCCAUUGUCGGCGCGGCUCGCCGGGACAGAGAGCGAUUUCACGAGGCCCGCAGAAAGAGCGCCUCCUUGUUUAUGUCUGCCGAGGAGGACGUGAGUCUCGGGGGUAUGAGUGAUGUGACAAGGACUCAGGUGUCACAGCAACAGCUUAGUGCACAGGCGGAAAGCUCGUCCACACGACUGCGCCCGUCCAAGUCUAUCGACGAGGGCAUGUUCUCUGGGGAUACCUUUAUCCAUCAUACCCGCAGUAUGCCUCCAGCCUUUGGUCUACCGGAGUACUCCUCAUCUGCGCUGGACUAUCAGCCUAAGUCUGUGCCUACUGACUUGUACACAGCAGCGAGUAGGCAGGCAGCACCCUCCUCAUCCACCACCUUCAUUCACCCUCUGACAGGCAAGGCCCUUGACCCCACAUCGCCAUUAGGCCUCGCCCUGGCUGCCAGAGAGCGUGCUCUGAGAGAUGAUACCAGGUACAGGAGGGGAACAGAUCACCACUUCAGCCGCCAGAUGUCGAGUGUGGUGUUCCCUUCGUCGACUGUCACCUCUCAGCCGGCGUCAUCUGCCACUCAGACCUCCAGCUCCUCCUACCUCGUCACUUCGUCUUCUCUGGCUGCCACGACGGCCACCGUUGGCCGCCCUCCUUCGCCCAGAAUCCUCAGAGGAGUUGGCGGCGUGUGGGGCGAGGAGGGCGGUGGAGGAGAGAGGGAGCGGGAAGGGGGAGGUGCUCGCGAGGGGCUACGAGUUCGCUUCUCCGAGGACAAAACAGUCCACACGCACCACUACCAGUCUCAGCCGUAUCAGCCCACCUACAAGGAGAGGGAGCGAGAGCGGUCGAGGGAACGGGAGCGGUCGAGGGAACGGGAGAGGGAGCUGUCGACAGAGAGAGAGAGAGACAAAGAGAGAGAGGGUUACAUGAGGAGGGUGGAGCAGGCUGCUGCAAACGCAGCUGAUAGCGCCGCCCAGCAGGGGUCCCAGUCUCAGCAGCCGCGGAGGCCGACUUUUCUCAGGAUGGAGAGUCAAUCCGAUGCCUAUAUAUUGUCCCUCACCCCUCCCUCUCCUCCACCUAUCGGUUCUCAGCAGACAGGGAACACUACCGGGAGCACUGGGACUGGCCUGAUGGUUCUCCCUCCCCCUGCCCCCUCAGUCGAUGUGGACGACGAGUUCGUCUACGCAGAUCCCCUCCCACCUCCGUUACAGUUUGCCAACAGCUUUGACAGAGGAGGUUCAGGGUACGCCAAACACGGGAUGCUCCCCAACAGCCUGACCUCCCGCCAAAAGCAGGUACCGCCCCCUCCACCUCCUCCUCCCCCACCGCCACCACCUCCACCCCCCCAGAAAGAACCAUUCGUAAGUGGGUUUCCUGCUCAUACACCCCUGCCCUCACCUCAGGCGGGGGACUCCACCGCCUCCAGCCUCACAUCUUAUGACAGUGAGGUGGCUAAUCUGACUCAGUCCGCUCCCUCCCCCUCUCAAACAUCGCCUAACCCGCCGCCCCCAUCCUCGCCCUCUACCCUGCAGCCCACCUCAACUGCAGGACCUCCUCCUCCCCCGUCAGUCACACCACCGCCUCCUCCCGCCUCCUACCACAGACCCUUCUCCAUGUCCCACCCCCACCACCUUUACAACAGCACUCACAUGCCCGGGCGCUCUUCUCCCACGCCUCCCCUGCACACGGUUGCGCCUCCCCCGGCCUACCGUGGUCCACCAGUGCCCUCCUCCACUGCUGCCACCUCCGCUCCACUUAGGGGCACUGCCUCCCAUGCCACGACCGCUAGCUGUGCCACUAUAACCACCGCCGCUGCCACCACAACAAGCACCUCCACUCAGCUCUACCAGGAGCGAACACAUGCUACCCAUGCAACAUCCUCCACCAUCACGGGCAAUCGUAGGACAGGGGAUCACCGCCGCACUCCCCCUGCGACCAAGAAGGGAGAGUCCCAGGAGACGGUGGUGGACUCUGGGAUUGAAGAGCUGGACAGCCGCAGCAGCAGUGACCACCACCUGGACAGCAUCCUAGCCAGUGUCCGAAGUGACCGGCUGGACCGAGGCGAGAGGGGAGUCGGAGGACGUCUGGGAGGGGGAGGCGGGGAGUCGGAAAGGGGAGGAGAUUUUCUGGAGUCUUACAUGAGCUACUUGGACGGACAAACUUUUGAGAUGCAGAAUGCCACCGCGGCAGCCUCCACCUACCCAAAGAUCAACAGGUACCGAGAGGGAGGUCGUUCUGGGGAUCUCCACAGACAGACCAGCACUGCCCCUGCGUCCUUUCACUCCCACAGGAGGAGGGAUGAGCAGGAAGACGACGAGGGCGAGGAGGGAGUGGGAGAGGAUGAGAGUGGCCAGGACGGGUAUGGGGUGCGGGACAUGCAGACCGUGGGACGCUCCACGUCGCCGUACUUCGACAGGCCGCGCACCCCUGAGAUGAAGCCUCUCUGGGGCGACGGGCAGAUGACCGGCGACGGAGGCAGCCAGUCCGGGACACUGUUGGAGGGGAGGAGGAUUUAUCCGCCUGCAUCCAGUAUGAAGCCCAGCAUCAUCAAUGAGCUGAGCAGCAAACUGCAGCACAGGAGCAGGGACAGCUGGAGCAGCCAGAGAACACUGAGCAGACACAGAAGCAGAAACAGAUUCUCAGAAGACUCGGCCUCGGCUCUGAGCCCCCCCUCGGCUCGAUCCCCGUCCCCGUCUCCGAUCUCGUUGUCACAGCCAACGUUGUCCCCGUCCCCCACGCCCGCCUCCCAGUACCCGAACUGGGGGCGAUCCCCAUCUCCGCAGCCUUCGGCCGUCUCUCAGCCCCCGCGCUGUCAUUCCCCGCUGUCCCCGACUUAUUCCCCUUACCCCACCUCCCCCAAACACAGACCUGUCUACCGGACCAAAGCCCUGGAGUUCCAGUUCAUCCCGAGUCGCGAGUCCCGUAAAGCAGAAUCGCACAUACUCCAGCGCAGGCGAGCACCCAGCCCCCUCAUCUCCCCGUCAGAGAGGCCCAAGCUGGGCCCACCGCGCCCGUCAUCUCUCCCACUCCUCCCCACCACACCCCUAUACAGCGCCCUCUACGACCUCCGGGGCUCAAUCACCCCACCAUCACCCGGGAACCCUCUAGGGGAUCCUUACUUCUCGCCUUCUCCUCCCCUGUUUGCCCCCUCUGGUGCCCCUCCUCCUCCGAACGCCGCUUUACUCGUGUCGCGAUCCCUCUCUCCAACACACUUCCUGUCUGGGACCUCUUCUCCGCCCUUGCAUCCAUCACAUACCUGCCUGAGUUACCCCCAUCUACCGCCCCCCUCCCCGACAAAGCCGUUUGCCUCCAAGCCACUGCCCUACUGGACCAAGUACGACGUCGCGGACUGGCUAGGAUACCUGAACCUGGCUGAGCACAGGGAGCGUUUCCUGGACAAUGAGAUCGACGGCAGCCACCUGCCCUCGCUAACCAAGGACGACUAUCUGGACUUGGGCGUGACGCGCGUGGGCCACCGCAUGAACAUCGAGCGGGCCUUGAGGAACGUGAUGGACAGGCUGUCCAGCAGCCCAUUUCCCAUUUCUGUUCUCUCGCCUCGGGACGGACAGACUGAGAGGAGGAGGGACGACGGGAGUCGGAGCUGAGAGGGAAAAAGGCGGCGAUGAGAAAAGAGAGCAAAAAGGAAGGAAGGAAAUGAAGGAGGAAUCGGAGUCAAUGAGGGAGGAAGACACAACUGCUGCUGUCCAUGGUGGAUUCACACGACAAAUGAGGGGGGAACAGAUUUCACACAGAGCGCGACAGAACGAGGGAGUCGAGUCCCAGAGGGGGCGAUGGAAACACGGAGAGGGGGGGAAUAAAGGGCUGACGAUCCGUAAAGACACCGGCUGGCGCUCCCCUGGUUGUGGCAGGCAGAUUUACACCCGUACACUCCCCUACAUGCAUGCACGGUCCCACCAGUCGACACACACAAACACCCCCUUCUCAUCCAAAACGCAUACGGAGACGGUCACACGGUGGCGGCAGCAGCAGAUAUUACACGAGUGUGGAAUAGCGAUUAAAAAGCCGAGAUUUCUCGAGAGGAGCAAUGAAAACGCCAGUUAGAUUUGUAUGGACGGGUGGAGGGGGUUGAGCCGGUUGUGUUAGAGUCGCGGGGUUGUCCUUCAUUGUGCAGCCAUCUUUGCCGAACAAGUCGUCUUUGCCCCUCAGCCAGCUGGUUGAAUCCGUUCGAGCUGAAGAGUGAAACCCAAGAAUAUUUAGAGCGCAAUCAAUCACAGACCCCCUUCCCUGCGUGAGUGGAGGCCACUUUCCUUUUCUUUUUCUUUCUCAAUCAUGGAGGAUGAUGAGUGUAGCCGGGCGAACGGGCAUGAAUGUCUGCAGGAGGAACGAGGCCGUUGUCCGUCCAUCCGUCCAGUCCUCAUAACCUGCAUCCUUGGUUCAGGCCUUGGUGGCUCGCUGACGUGUGUGUGUGUGUGUGCGUGCGGCUACGACGGGUCCACUGGUCGGGCUCUGUCCUCACUUGCAGGUCCUUGUGCGUUUCUCUAAUAGCUCUUCAUCAUCUUAAGUCUUAUAAUGACACACAUGAUAUACAGACUGGUCACUGUAUCAAAAAUUUGUAGCAAAAAUAAGUGCCCAGACCAACAACAACAAGAAAAGAAAAGGAAUACACUGAUGUUCACACACACACACACACACACACACACACACACACAGGCACCCAAGUUAUUAUUAUACAUGCCUGCAUGCAUACACCAACAUGAAGACACACACACACACAUGCACACAAGCACUUAACCUGUGUUUGGGUUAGAGUUUAUGGGACACCUUAUAUAUAUAUAUAUAUAUAUAUAUAUAUAUAUAUAUAUAUAUAUAUAUAUAUAGACACAAUAUAGGUUUGGAUCCGAGACGUAUACAGAAGGAGACGGACUGUGCUUUUCAAAUGUUAGAACGGGAUACGUGACGAUGUGAAGAGAAGAAAAGAAUAUCCCUGAGGAUUUUUAUUCCCCCGGGGGGAAAAGACUUUUCCUCCGCGCCGAGGCAACUGUCGUGCACUCGCACAAGACCUUCUGCCCCCCCCCCCCCGAGGGAGGCUGGAACGGAGAGGGGAGGGGAAGAGGAAAAACUGCCAUUUUCUUGCUCUUUCCCACCCAAUCCCCCCUGCUCCUUCCAGGAGUGACCCCCCCACCCCCCCCUCCUCUCUGUGUCUCUCUCGCUCCCUCUCGACUGGAUCCAGGAGGACACGAGCAGCCACGUGGCCGACGACGCGGGACCCGAGAGCCAACCGCUUAUAUCCGAAUUUUAAUACUAUGAUUGUUCUUACAAUUUUUAAAACUUUAAAAUGGGAAUUCUGGAAUACUGAAAGGAAAGAGAUCUAUUGUUACUAUUUUCAUCGUUACUCUCAUCGUCCUUACUGUUAUUGUGGCGUCAGAGAGGUUCCUGGUUCCCGCCCGACGACGUGCAGCCAGGGCAUUUUCUGACUGUGUGAUGAAGAUAAACCUGUCGGUUAUAUAGUUGAAUAAAUAUAUAUAUAUAUAUAUAUAUGUAUAUGUAGGUAUUUUUGAACUGAAAGAUGCAUAGUUAUUUGGUGCGCUGUACCCCUCAACAUUGCUUCUACGUGACGAGAAGCAUUUGCAACUUAAUGUGAAGCACACGUGUAGUCGCUUCCUCCCUACUGCCGUCGCGCUGUGAAGAUUUAUUUGAAAUUAAUCAUUUACUUUGAGAUUUAAAGCCUCAAAACGUGAUCCUCUCUCACCUUUUCUUUUUCUUCUACGACUUAGAUGUCACUUAUUAAUAUGCAGAUGCUUAAAAAUGUAGCAACUGUAACCCCGAGGACACCCAAGGUACAUGACAUCUAUUUGAACAUUUAAACAUUUUCCCGCCAAUUCUGGACAUCAGCCUCGUUCACCCAUAUCUGCGUCCUGCUAACCGUUCUUUUUUUUAAAAAAUUGUUUUCUCAUCAGCUUUACUGUACAUGUCAUUAAACCCUCACCGGUCCUGCUUUUCUCACUGUCGCUGAGAUCAAAUAUAAGGGCUCUCUUCAUGACACUCUCUACCUUGAACAACGCUUCACCUCUCCUGCUGCUUUUCGAGUCCUCGAACAUAUCAAACGUGCGUUUCACAUCGGGGGGAAUCGACCGACCGACCCCGCUGUCCUCAAGUCUAUUUUUGCAAAGGAGAUAAAUGAGUUUUCAUAGAUCACGUCGCUCACACACACACACACACACACACACAGGCUAUAAAUGUGAAUGAGCAAAGAUCAUCGGCGGGGGAUUCGUUUCUGCAAUCGCUCCGUUGCUCGUGGUCGAGGAAAGAUUCUAUUUUGUAAGGGGAAUAGCAAUAAGGACGAUGAAAAUAAUGGUCACCUAAUUAUGGUUUUAAGAUGUAAAAAAAAAAAAAAAAGAAGAAAAAAAAGUCUCAAAAGUUCUAAAGAAUCUCUGUCUUCCAAAUAACG